AUGAGGGAAUUUCGGGACAAUUUGGUCACAGUGGCACUUCUGAAGGAAAACAUCUCCCUGCCUGAGGAUAUUCUCGAAGCCGUUAACAAUAGUAUCGAGCUAAAAUGCCUGAUUAAAUCGCAUUUUGAGGAAUUGGAGGAGACGCUCGACUUGUACUGUGCCACCGUAUUCGAUUCCAUUCUCUGCUGGCCGCGUACAAAGCGAGGAACUUGGGCCACACUACCGUGUCUCAAGGAAUUCCAAGGGAUACGCUAUGACACGCGACAAAAUGCCACCCGCUAUUGUAAACUCAACGGAGAGUGGGAUAAUUACACGAAUUACAAUCAAUGCCACCAUGUGCCCGUGUCCUCGUCCAUUGAGGGUGGGUUUGAGUUGAGCGUGGAACUCCCAACGAUUAUCUACUAUGUGGGCUACACAAUAAGUCUGAUCUCUCUCCUCCUCGCCGUACUCAUUUUCGUUCACUUUAGGGAUCUCCGGUGUCUCCGGAAUACCAUACAUGCCAAUCUCUUCACAUCAUACAUCAUGAGUGCUCUCCUCUGGAUGCUAACGCUGUCGCUUCAGAUUUCCUCGCCGCAGCAGGGACUGACCGAGUGUAUUUUACUCGUCACAAUAUUCCACUACUUCAGUCUAACGAAUUUCUUCUGGAUGCUGGUGGAAGGUUUCUACCUGUACGUGUUGGUGAUUGAAUCCUUCUCGAGGGAUAGGCUAAAAUUCAACACGUACGCCGCAAUCGGAUGGGGUGCUCCUGCAAUCUUUGUGAUCUCAUGGGCAACAGCCAAGGGAAUCGCUAGCAAUUCUCAUUUCCUCCAAGCAGCCCCCAAUAAUAAGCUAGAGAUCGAUUGUACGUGGAUGAGAGAGUCGAAAAUUGACUACAUCUUCCAGGUGCCAGCGUGCACUGUUCUAGUCAUCAAUUCUAUCUUCCUUUCGCGCGUUAUGUGGGUUCUCAUAACGAAGCUACGUUCAGCGACAACAGUAGAGACGCGACAGUAUCGAAAAGCAACAAAGGCUCUCCUUGUGUUGACUCCUCUUUUGGGAAUUACGUACCUGGUAGUUCUGGCGGGGCCCAAUGAUGACGGUGUUGCUGGGUAUGUGUUUGCCAUUGUGCGAUCACUACUGCUGAGUACCCAGGGUUUGUCUGUAUCACUCCUGUACUGCUUUCUCAACUUCGAAGUCCGGCUGGCGCUACGAAAUCGUUUCGCACGCUGGAAGGAUCAGCGCAACAUCCAACGCAGCCAAACCAACCGCCAGAGUUUGCGCUACGUUUGAAACAACAAAACGACAGUAUUAUUCUGCAUGAUCAAUAAUAAAAAAAAAUGUUA